AUGGGGGAGGAGGCCGGCGACGGAUACGGCCACGGCACGCCACCGGAUGCGCUCACGGCCAUCGUCGUCAAGGGCAAGCGCAGCAAGCGGCGCCGCGUGCACGCCGCCGCGGUGAUCGCGGCCGCGGAGGCCGAGGUGACCGCGGUCACCACGGCCAGCGCCGCGGGAGAGGUGGCGUCGUCGUCGUCCUCGGUGGCGGAUGGCGGCGGGUGGCGGUCUGGCGCGGAUGAGGCGGCCUCCGGGUGCGUCACCGAGGAGGAGGAGGACAUGGCGCUCUGCCUCAUGCUGCUCGCGCGCGGCGGCGGCGGGCAAGGAAGCAGGGCCGGGGCGUCGUCCGCGUCGUCGUCGGUGGUGGUGAGGGAUGACGUCGCGGAGUCCACGGCGGGGGUGAUGGCGGUGGCCACGGCGCGGGAGGGCAAGUUCCGGAGCCGGCGCCCGGCGGACGGCGGCGAGGGGGAGUUCGUGUACGAGUGCCGGACGUGUGGCAAGUGCUUCCCGUCCUUCCAGGCGCUCGGCGGCCACCGCACCAGCCACAAGAAGCCGCGUCUCCCGCUCCCGCCCACCACCGCGGCGACGGCGUCGUCGUCCGAGGAGAAGAAGCUGCCCGCCGACGAGAAGACGCCACCACCGCCUUCGUCGCCGUCGCCGGCCGCUGCCGUGGAUCGGACGGUGCUGGCGAUCCCGGUCCCGGCGACGCCGCCGAAGCAAGAAGGGGCGGCCACGGCGACCGUCGUGUCGUCGUCGAAGCAGCAGCAACAGCAGCAGGGGCAGGGGAGGGUGCACGAGUGCUCCAUCUGCGGCGCGGAGUUCGGGUCCGGGCAGGCGCUGGGCGGGCACAUGCGGCGCCACCGCCCGCUGCUGCCGGCGUCGGCGUCCGUCUCUUCCACGGACGGCGUGGCGGCGGUGCUGGUGAUCAGGAAGGAGAAGAGCCUGCUGGAGCUGGAUCUCAACAUGCCGGCGCCCUGCGACGACCCUGCCGCGACCGCGACAUCGCCGGGCUCUUUCACGUUCGCCGUGAAGGAGCGGCCAUCGUCGGCGGCGAAGCUGCUGCCGUUCCCGGCGACGGCGUCGGCCCUGGUGGACUGCCAUUACUAG